UUUAUAAGAAACCGAAUAUAUGAAUCCAUUUUUUACCCUCCUGGAAUUUUACCCGUACAAUAAGUAUAAAAAAAGGUUCUAGAAACUACAAAAAAUAAAUUUUUGUCCCUUUCAGUUUUGUGUACCAUGAAGUGUCCGACUGUUACAAAAGUUGUCAUAUUUUUUCUGGAAAUCACUUCUUAUCAACGCACGGGGCAAGUCAAGAAACAACGGCCAACUUGGUGCUCAGUAGCGUGCUUCCGUCCGCAAGAGUAUGCCGUAUACUCGCCCCCAUCUUACCAUUCGCCCCCCAACACGCAAGUAGGGAGGUUUGGGGGAAAUGGAAAUGGAAAUGGAAAUGGGAAUGGGAAUGGGAAUGGGAAUGGAAAUGGAUCUCAAGGAAGCAGCCCCCCGUCAAUACCAGGAUCAAUUGUGUACUAUACCCGCGGGCCGGAUCUAGAGGAGUUCAAGCGAAAGUACCCACAACACGUUUCCGCAAUUUCAAUGCCUUAUGGUGAUCCAGGAGCCAGUUCGUCCUCAGGCCCGAAAGUUUCAUCCCCAAGGCGCCCCAGACUCAGCCUCAGCGGUAGCUUUGGCAGCUUCUCCCCAAGAAGAAGCCCUGGCCCCGAAUAUGACAGGCAACUGUGGGAUUGCUGGAACGAUUGCAUCUUGUACCAUGGUUACUUCAGGAAGAACACUUUUUUAAACCAAUCAGGCCAGACAAUGAAGCGGAUAGCGGAUCCGAAAUUGGUGCCGGCGUCAGCAGCUCUCUCUCGAAAUCUGAGUUUUGGGACUCUCAAGAUCACCGCUCCUUUUCAGGGUAGUGGCGAAUUCCUCCCAAAAGCAGGGAGAGGGGGAGGGGGAGGGGGAGGCACAACAUCUAGAAGUGAUUCUUCCAAAGAAUCGUCCCCUCGGUUCCCAACCCCCAGGGCCGAUCCCCAGAAUAAAAGUAAUUGGAAAUGCUUUUGCAAACUUUCUGAAGAUUUGCUUGAAGUUCUGAAGGACUAUAAAAAAGACGUGAGAUCAUUCGUGAAAAACAACCGACUCCUGGAGGAAGAGCUCCAAAAAUUCCUCGAGAAACAUAAGUAUGAGAUCAUCCCUUACUAUCAACUCGGGCAAACAGCAGAGGAAAGUCUGCUUGGCAACAAUGUGCAAACUAUUUGAGGUGGCGAAGACUUUGAAUUCAGUGGAAGUAGAGUA